CGACUGAAGAAGUAGUUGCUCAGUGCAUACUGUUCUUUACCGCUGGUUAUGAAACGACUGGGUCAACCCUUACUUUCCUAUCUUACAACCUGGCCAUGAACCCGGACGUCCAGGAGAAGGCUUACAAUGAAGUCAAAGAAGUACUGGGAAAUGAUUAACCGAACCGUUUCUGAGCCCACUCAAAUCAAAGGCCUGACAUUCUUGAAGGGUCAAAAUAUUUUCAUUCCUGUGAUGGCUAUACACAGAAACCCUCAGCUCUACGAUGAUCCUGAUUCUUUCAAGCCAGAAAGGUAUGAAGACCAAGACAAAACUAUUGCCUUCCAAGCUUUCGGAUUUGGUCCCAGGAUCUGCAUUGGGAUGCGGCUCGCCUUGGUUGAGCUUAAAGUUGCCUUGAUUAAUGUUCUGAAGGCUGUGAGGUUUGAUCGUAUGCCCGACACACCGGAAGUACUGACGUUUGAUCCGAACCCAAACAUUCUUCAAACAGACAAGGACAUCAUACUGAAAGUGUCUCCCAGAUGUUGAAGACAGCAAAAUGCAACAUUAUCACAAAUGUCUCCUGUGGUUUAAAUGAGUGGGAAUCAAAACUGAAUGUCUGCCACUUUGA